GUUAGAAGGGCAGAGAGAGAGAGCCUGUUUCCACACAGCUGAACUCCUAACAAGCUUGGACUGAACUACUCAGCUAGAGAGCUCACCAGCCCCUUUCAUUAUACAGGUCACCUCUCACACAUGACCACUUUGGCCUAAAGUCUCAUCUGUUUACAUAUGAACAAAAAGGCCUCUCAAUACCCUUUAAUCUCUGUACCAAACCAGACUAAUCAGAACCAGAAGUGAUUUAUUACCCCUUUGGAAAAACCAAGGAUGUAGUAUCCUUGAGAAAAGGAACAGCUUUUCAAAAAAAAAGGUGCCAGCUUUGUGACAGUAAUUAAUUAUUUUAUGUAUUUUGUCCUUUCCCGUUUCAUUUAGACUGAUCUAAUUUCCUGUACCGCUUUCAUUUAUUAGUUUUAAUUGUUUUCUGCCUCCAUGUUUGCUCUUUCCAGGAGAACAGGUGCCUUAUCCUGGUUCAGCUGGAGUCUGUCCUGUCCGUAUCGCUCCUUCCUGACCCAGGACUAAUGCCAGGAUCCUUUGAAAAGGCACCAUUUUAUCCCACUCUGGCGCUUUUGCCAUGUGUUAAUUCUUCCAAACUCAGUACCUCUGAGUGUCUGUGGUCCGCUGCAAUUGAAUUAUCCCUCUUCCUUACAAUUUUAUCUCCAACUACCAUGAAGCCUUCCUUAACGUGACACCUAAGAAGGGACAUACUCGACCAAACUUUUAUUUGUAGCUACAGAGAAUGCUCUCUAUGUCACUAAUUGUACAAAUCCUCCUUAUUGCUGCAUUCUAUUCUGCCCUACUCUAGUUGACAUCCUGUAGCAUUGUCUGCAUUGUAACUAUCCUUCCCACAGUCUUCCUCCUUGACUUCAAAUGACCAGUUCAUCAUACCUGUUGGCCAUGAUCAAUGUCUGAGGGAUUGCCUUCUCCAAUCACUGAGCCCUCACCAUCAUGCUGCCUUACAGUGCUGCACUUUACCUUGAAGCUGUAUUUACUACCCCACUUUAUGGAGACUGUCAUUCUCACUGAAAAGUCACCUUCCUGCUGUCCGGUAAGGUCUAUCAUUGAUUUUAGUGGCAUUCACUUGGGUUUUGAACAAAAAAGACUGGUUGCCAAUGUUGGGAAAAUCUGGUCAUUUUCUGAUGUUUUUCAGUGUCUCUGUGUACAUUCAAGAUGCAAAAGAGAAAGGCAGGCAUCAUUUGUCUCACUUUGUUUCUCACUCUUUGUUUCUGUUUAGGCUGGGAAGCAACAAGGUGGGAGAUUUAGGAGUGAAACUACUGGCUGAGAUUCUGAGGAAUCCGGAUUGUAAAAUGCAGCAACUCUGUCUCAACAGUAACAUGCUCACAGAUUCUUGUGCCGACGAUCUCAGCUCCAUUCUAAGUACAGGUCGCUCACUGACCGUUGUGAACCUGAAUGAUAAUAAAUUGGGGGAUUCAGGAGUGAAACUGCUGCCAGCAGCUCUAAGGAAUCCAAACUGUAAAAUACAAAAACUUGAGCUUCGUGGCAACUGUCUCUCAGAACCUUGUGCUGAGGAUCUCGCCUCUAUACUCAACACAAACCAAUCUCUGGCAGAACUAAACCUCGGAAAUAAUAAGUUGAAACAUUUAGGAGUGAAACGACUGUCAUUGGCUCUGAUGAAUCCUCAUUGCAAAAUACAGAAGUUGUUGCUGUACAGAAAUGGUCUGACAAAAUCUUGUGUCCAGGUUCUCAGUUCUGCUCUCAGUAAAAACCAGUCUUUAAUGAAACUGAACGUAGAUAAUAACAAUUUGGGAGAUUCAGGGGUGAAACUACUGUGUGCAGUUCUGGGGAACUCUGACUGUUUAAUGUGUCUGCCAUUCACUCACAGCCAGAAUAACUUGCAGAGAUUAAG